AUGUCUUCCGAUCCAUUGAAACAAGUUUGCGAUCUAAUAAAGGGAGACCUAUCCCUUGAAAGGGUACGAGAUAUCAAAGAACAAUUACUGAAGGAGAAAUCUGUUGUAGAAUAUCAAUUGAAUAAAGAAUCAGAUAAAUAUUAUGGUGAAGUCGAAGAAUCUCUUAAACUACUAAAUUUGUCCAAAAGCUCGGUCACUUCAAUAAAACAACAGAUUAAUGAGGUUAACAGAUUAGGUAAUGACAACCGCUUUGCGAUUAAUCGUUAUGAUAUACUUUUCCAAGCCACAAAACUUUAUGAAACAAUCAAUACCACAUCUUCAAUAUAUGACCGGAUAUGUAACUUCGUUGCAUUGAUGGACCAUAUAGAAAGACUAUUGGUGACAGAACUGGCGGAGGAUGCCCUAGAGACUGGCUGUCCUCAUCUUUUAGAAAUUCACUUUCUGUUAACCUCAGCACGAGACUUCCAAGAACAAAUUACUGUGAUGGCUAAAGAAGCUACUGAGGAUGCACAACGUACAGUCAUGAAGCUGUUUUCGAGACUUUCUGGAAUAAUAUCUAAGUUUGAUAAGUUGCUGGAUGGACUGACUUAUGAUGUUGUAGAAAUGGCCAGGGCAGGACAAAUAUCGUUAGCAAUCCGCCUUUUUAAAAUAUACGACCUAGAAGAGAGAGAAGACUUGAGAAUUGAAGCCAUUAGAAACAUUAUCAAGAAAAAAGAAAUCGAAAUUGAAAAAUCUAUGAUAAAAAAACUUCCAAAUAGUAAAAACACUGCAAGAUUACAAGAGGAGAAACCUACAAUUAUAGAAUAUCCGACAAAUAAGGGAUUAUAUCAAGAAAUAAUGAGCGGGACAAUUUCGACAAGGACUGCUGCUCGCGGCUACAAGCACUUUCUGAUGAAUGGUAUAAAUAAUUCGAUUUCUGAAAUGUUCGGAGAAAUGAAAGAAAAAUAUGUUGGCGAUCAAAAAUUUGAUGUCCUUGAUAACAUGGACUGGGUUUUUAACGAACUGAUUAUUGUGAAAGAACAUAUUGCCAAUUGUUGUCCACCACAUUGGAACAUAUUCGAUGUAUACUUUAAUCAGUACUAUAAGGAAUUACAUUCUUUAAUUACAGACCUUGUGGAGUCCGAACCAGAAACCAUUAUCAUCCUCGACAUUUUGGAUUUUGAUAAGACGUUUCAAAACACCCUCAAGACUGAUUUUGGUUUCACCAAGAACGACAUCAAAUCUGUUAUUGGUGAUGAAGAAAAAGAAACAUUAUUCAAGGAUUAUUUGAACCUGAUUGUUGUUAAGAUGACUGAAUGGAUCGGUAACUUGGAGAAAGCAGAAUUCGACGUGUUCUUGGAAAGAAGCACCCCACCACACUCCGAUUCAGAUGGAUUGCUUUUCCUUGAUGGGACCAAGACUUGUUUCCAAAUGUUUACACAACAAGUGGAAGUAGCAGCAGGUACUAAUCAGGCUAAAAUUCUUGUUGGUGUGGUUGAAAGAUUCAGUAGUUUAUUAACAAAGAGACAGAAAAAUUGGACUGUCAAGAUAAGUGGAGAAAUAAAAAAACAAAUCAAUUACAAUCACAAAUAUGAUAUAGACCCGGAGGGUAUAACUCCGGAAGAUGAGUGUGCAGGAGGCUUAGUGGAGUAUCUGAUUGCAGUAUCAAACGAUCAAAUGAAAGCUGCGGACUACGCCGUUGCCAUUUCAUCUAAAUACGGUAAACUUGUUUCUAAAGUUUACGAAAAGCAAAUUACAAAUCACCUAGAGGGCACUUUAGAUGGAUUUGCCGAAGUUGCUCAAUGCAGUUCUUUAGGCUUGAUCACAUUAAUGUUCGAUGAUUUGAGAAAGCCAUACCAAGAAAUUUUCAGUAAGAAUUGGUAUGUGGGGAGCCAAGCACAACAGAUAGCAGACACACUCGAUGAGUAUUUAUUGGACAUUAAACCACAAAUGAGCUCUGUGUUAUUUGUCAAUUUCAUAGAUAAUGUUAUUGGUGAAACGAUCACAAAAUUCUUGAGUGCGUUAUCAUUUGAGCAUUCUUUCAAAAGUAAAAACAAUAAAUUUUUGGAAGCAAUGAAGAGGGAUUUCGAAAUAUUUUAUCAACUAUUUGUUAAAGUUCUGGAUGCUAAUGAGAGCAAAGAUGUUUUGAUCACACAAAAUUUUACUGUGAUGGAGUUUUUCAUGGAUCUAAGCUGUGAACCAGUGGAUAACAUAUUGGAUAUUUGGCAAAAAUACCUUGAAGUAUAUUGGGAUUCACGUAUAGAUUUGCUUGUAGGAAUACUAAAGUGCAGAAAGGACGUAGGUAGCUCAGAAAGAAAAAAGAUCGUUCAAAAAGCCACAGAAAUGUUACAAGAAUACCGUCGCAAUAUGGAAGUCAAUGGUGUGGAUCGGGAACCAACUUUGAUGAGACGGUUUGCGUUGGAAUUCGAGAAUUAA